GCUUCGUUUUUGAGUGUUUACAAAAUUAUUCCGUUCUUUUUACAAAGUUGAAGAUGGAUUCACAAGAAUACGAUAAAUUGGCGCGACAGAUAGUCACACAGUUGGAGCAGAUUAAUCAAUAUCUCGCUGAGGCGGGCAAGAAGCGUUCGAAAUUACAGCCCGGCCACAGCAACAGCAACUCCGAGGACAUUCCGGCGAGCAUUCUAGCGUUGGCAAACGAAAUAGAAACCGUUCCACCUGUGCAACCCGCUCCAACCGAUCAACGGCCGCCGGAUACUCCAGUGGAAGAGGAAAUCGAUAGUUUUCUCGAUGCGAUUCGAUCACGGCCUUCCGGUAACCGGGCGCAACGACAGGGUUCGCUGAAAAGGACGAUGCCGCUUCAACAGUCUCGGUUCCUUAACGAGAAUAACGUAUCAAACGUAACCAUGUUGGGUAAAUCCUGUUCAGAUAUCUCCACUAUUGCCAGCAAAACGAUCAUCCCAAAACCUCCGCCCGUCGACGUGGGGGCGAUGAUUGAGCGGUUGCGACAAGCGAUUGAGCUGCAGGGCAAAAUUGAAACGAUCGUACCGUUCGAAGAGAUCGAUCUGUCUGAAAUUUAUCAGUUGCAUCGUGAACGAUGGUUAGAGGUGGGUAAAAUCUACCAAAACAUAAGCAACGAUUUGUCGGAAUUCAAAGCGCAAGUGCAUAGCACGAGCGGGGAUGUUUCAAACCAGCCAGCGAUCAUCCGGGACGAGCUAGUGGACUGCAUGAAACGAAUGCAAUCGACGUUGAAUCAAGUGUGUUUCAUAAAGCGCGUCGAAAACCAGCCUGACCUAACGACCACGGUAUGCAGAGAAGCAUUUCCAUUAUCCGAAUGCUUGGAAUCGAUGGAUGAAAAGAUACGUCAGUACCAUCUGUAGGCCCAAACUGACCGGGAUGAUAAGUAUGUGGUAUUAAAGAACACAGCAACUGUUGUACUGGACCAUUCUAUUGUAAAUGAUUUGGUUUUAGAGGAUCUAGAGUGUAUAGUUUUACUCAAACAUCUCAAUAUUUAAUCCAAAUGCAAUGAGAAAUCAAUGAAAAAAUCGAUUCCUUAGCGAAUACAUGCGUAGUAUUUUAGGCCAGUGGCACCCGCACAGUAAAGUUUCAUCAACCGUAAUCUAUCAUUAAAGCAGUUUGGAAUAAGAAUGUAAAUAGAUAUAUUUUCAUUUCACGAGUACCGUACAUAAAAGAACAAUAAAUGAUUAG